GCUUUCAGCUUCGUUCGCAAGCUCCAGCUUCAGCUCUCUCAAAUUAACAACCGCAUCAAACAUUACUCGCGCUCCUCCGUUCAAGAUGUCUAGAAGACCGGUAAAGGGCGAGUACAUCGAGACCGACACGGGCAAUAAGGUCUCCCGAAAAGCCAUCCUGAUCGGAACCCAGCACAUCAUGUUAGGCGGAAAGACCGUCAUCCAAGCCGAAGCCAUGAUCCGCGGCGACCUAGCGAGAACAGGGCAGGCCGUAUCAGGUUCGAGCGCCGCUCCCGGUAGCAAUACGGCCGUGGCAAUCGGUCGUUAUUGUUAUCUGAGCAAGGGAUGCUGUUUGCGUCCUCCUGGUCGCAUAUAUAAAGGAACAUUUACUUUUCUCCCGCUCAGACUAGGCGACCACGUUUUUAUCGGCGAGAGUACCGUCGUCCAAGCAGCAACGAUCGGCAGCCACGUUUACAUAGGCCAGAACGUCGUCGUCGGCGAAUUUUCCAUAAUCAAAGACUACGUCCGAGUACUCGAAGGCACCGUAAUACCUCCCAACAUGGUUAUACCGAGCUUCAGCAUCGUCGCCGGCCAACCGGCUCGAGUUAUUGGCGAGGUACCGGAGGGUGGACACGAAGCGUUCGAGCUCCGAGAGCUUUACAAGACGGUCGGAAAUAAUCCACAGCCGCUACCAGUGUGAUUCCAACGCCCUUUGGGUUACGCAUAUACAAUUUUCCCUUGCCCACGGACAGGUCUGGUAUAGUAAGAGUCAGCUAUUCCUGAAUUCGACAUUAGGGUCUAUCCAACGCUAGGCUACGAUAAAGGCAUGAAACGGCCAGGCAAAAAUAUAUUCGCGCCGCAUCGAGCUCGACGUGGUGGCGAUUGCGCCUUGGAUUUUUCUCUCCAAGGAUAGAGUUCGCCGCUAACCUAACCCAACUAAUCUGCGUCUUUCUCAAACAACGAGAACGGUGGGAUUAUAAUUAUCACGAGUUGUGC